AUGCGCACCCCAGCGCAGCGCAGCGCGCGGCGCCUUGACAAGUGCGCCCUCCGCUGCUUCAAGGCGGCCGUCAGCGCGGGCUUCACGGGCAUCCAGAUCCUGAACCACAUCGACUCCCAGGACGGCACCCAGUGGCGCAACUUCCUCAGCUUUGACCCCAUGGCGCGCUAUGGCGGCUGGUCCUACGAGGACGUGGUGGUGCGGCCCUCCAGCGAGGCCCUCAAGGCCGUCAUCAAGCCGCACCAGAAGGUGUGGUUCAUGAUGAGCGGUGAGAUGGGGCGGUCGAUCUUUGACUUCCCGCUGUCGUACUUGAAGCUCAUGAACAAGUACCGUGGCAGCCUGGCGCAGAAGAAGUCUGCGGGCAGCGUCAAGAUGGGCGUCGCGCUGCACUGGAACAAGGUGUGCGGCGACUGCUUCGCCAUGCCGCACGUCGACAGCCACCAGAUCUACAACACCACCUACCACCAGAUCUUCGAGUCCCAAAAGGACCAGAUCGCGCGCAAGUUUGACAUUCCCAUGAUCCAGCGUGUGUUCCAGUCGUCCGAUGUUCUCGGGAUCUCGCAUUACGCGCCUGCGCCCACCGACGGGCCGACGCCGGCGAGCUUCUCCAUGCCCAUCGACACCACGGCCUACGAGCUGUCCCACUGGGGCAUUGACCUCAAGGCCCUCAUCAUGACGGGCGGCAGGGACUUCCUGUUCUCCGAGGUCGGCUUGGGCGGCAGCGACCCCGCAGACUCGCGCCCCGCGACCAGCCUUGCAGAGCUCGCAGCCAACCCGCUGGAUGGCAUCUGGGCCGUGUACAACAUCGCGCAGGAUCCCUGGAGGAUCGCCAACUACAAGCUGUACCGCCGGGAGUGGUACAAGGCCCUCACCGAGUUUCUGUACGGCGGCGGCGGCCCCCCCUACAAGGUUGACGCGGCCUUCAUCUGGAGCGUCGGCUCUUUUGACGUGGCAGCCAUCCACCCCAUAUCCACCAGCGACGAGGGCACCUACGCCGACUGGGAGAUCGUCAAGUGGAUGAGGUGGCUGUCCUCCAAGGUGCCCUCCAGAAGAUGA